AAACUCCCCACUUUCUAAUUUCUCCAAUUCCUCAAUUCCCAAUUCCUCAACUCCCAAUUCCCCAAUUUCCAAUCUUAACCUCAAAAAUCCCACAAUUCCUCAACUAAAGAACGAACGAAAUAAAUAUAAAUAUAAAUAAAUAUAAACUAUCCAAAUAAUUAACAAUAUAGCAACGUGACAGUGUACAAUGAAGCUGAACAUCAAUGUAACAGCAUACAAUGAACUAGAAAGACAUACUAAAAAUAUUAAAAAUUACAUUAAACAUCCAUAAGUCCGGUACCAGAUCUGAAUACCAGUUAGCAAACUCCCCCUAUGAAAGAAAUAUAAACUACCCGAAUAAUUAUCAAUCUAGCAACGUGUCAAUAUACAAUAAAGUAAAAAGAAUACACACCAAAAAUAUUAAAAAUGUCAUCAAUGAUAAACUAAUCCGAGAUCUCGAGGACCAGAGCUUCCGUAGUCAGAGCCAUCUCCCAUGGUAGGAAGCUAUAUCCCUAGGAGGGAAUCCGAGGAAAGAGAAGGGCGGAGGCGCGAUAUGACGGCGUACAUAGACACGGGUUUAUCUACCUGACGACCUUGCCGUUCAAAAAAUCCUGGAGUGGCCGGCAGGGCCUGGAGCGGGCGGCAUGCACCAUCCGCGAGCGAGCCAGUUCCGACGUAGAGCGCAGACGACUAACACUAAUCCUAAUAGAGCUGUCGGUUCGUUUCCGCAGCGACGUGUGUCAUCCGAACAAUCGUUUUCCAUGCUCCUCGUUUCUUCACCGGUUUCGUUCGCCAGUGAUCCUACCAGUCGCGGUUAACAUGGAAGCGCGGAUGUCCUGCCUCAUCUUGAUGCAGUUGUGGUCGGUGGUCGUCCACGGCUACGACAACGUGGGGUUCGACGGCUGGUAUCAACCGGUUCCGCAUCGGCCGGUCGACAUCAUCACGGACGUUAUUAACGACCUAGGCGUGAGGAUUCUGCAGCAGUACACGUCCCACGGGAACGUCGCAUUCUCUCCGACAGGGGUUGCCUUCGUCCUGGCGGCGCUCUACGAGGGCUCGGCUGGCAGAGGAAGGCAACAGAUCGCGGAUGCCUUGGGUCUGCCACGCGAUCGCGAUAUCACCAGAAUCGGCUUUCGGGACAUUCAUCGCAGACUUAGGACGUAUCUGAACGCCAAUGGAUUCCUCGGGGGUCUCACGCUGAAUCAGGAGAAUACUAAUCUGAGACCGGAGUAUGAGGACAUAUUGAGGUUCUAUGGGUUCGAUUUGUCCAUACCGGAGGAUAUGAAUGAUACUACCAUUGUACCGGAAACUGAACCCACGGAGAAAAAUAUUGAAACCGAAACUGUGACGGGUACUGUGCCGAGUACAUCGACCACCCCUGUGGAGACCUUGGGGACCAUGACUGCUGAUGUUCAGAACAGAUUUACGCAGACCACUUUGCCUAGUGCCAUGGAGAGUACUGUUACUGUGGAAUCGACUGGAGCUGGGGAGACUGAUGUACCUGAAGUCUCUACGAUGUCAUCUACAACCAUGGCAUCUGUGACGUCACCUACAACUGUGCCACCUGUGACGUUAUCUACAACCAUUGCACCUGCGACGUCACCUACAACUAUUACACCUGUGACGCCAAUUACAACCAUUUCACCUGUGACGUCACCUACAACCAUUUCACCUGUGACGUCACCUACAACCAUUUCACCUAUGACGUCGCCUACGACAAUGUCAGCUAGUACAGAGCCUUUCAUGACUACUGAGGAUGUUCUGUCUACGUUGACUGCAGAUGAUCAACCUGUUACAACUCAGUCUUCAAGUAUGAAUACAUAUUUUGAUGAGUUUAGAGCAUCAACCAGUGCAUCAACCAGUGCAACAACCAGUGCAUUACCUAUGGAAUCAACCAUUCCAACCGAUUCUACGAUCACUACGGAAUCAGGUGUUACUGAACUCCCAGAGUCAACGACCACGUCAACUAUCACAGUGCCUACCACAGUUAACGUUAUGGAAACCUCGACAAGUUCGACGAUCCCAACGCAGACGGGAUUACCAGAUGUGGAUGCAAAUACCGUUUCAACGGGCUCCUCGAACAAUCAGUCUGUCUCAGACGAGAUUGGAUCUACCGACUCGCCAAUCACGACGAUUAUCGAUACAGGUGAAACCGGGUCGAAUGAACAGACCACUGUAGAGUCGACUACGAGCGGCACGAUCAAUCGAAGGAAACGUAACAUCAGAGCCCCCAGGGGAUUCUUCUCUAGCUAUCCAGACGAAGGAAUCUGGAUGCAGGACCUAGGAAUCUGGAAGCCCUACUCUUCAAGUCUAAACGAGGCCUCCGUCCGCGACUCAACGGAGAUCUCAUUUCUGGUGAACGGAUGUGACGUCUCCUCGGUCACAGCCAGCAGAUACAUCGCCGUGUUACCGUUCGCGUAUUUCCCAUCGCUGCACGCGGUCGCCCUUGAAUUUCCCCUGGACGAUCCCAGGUACAAUAUCCUGCUAAUGAUGUCCACGGACAGGAGAGACACGUAUCGGUUGGCCAGAGAUCUCGGUGGGAAGUCAUUAAGGUUGUUGAGGAAACAAUUACAAGCUACUUGGGUCAGGGCCACCAUUCCGUCCUUCAUGUUACGCGGUUUUGUCACCUUGACGUCCUUCCUGCAGAGGCUGGGUAUCUUGGACGUCUUCGAGCCCCGAGCCGCCGACCUGUCACCAAUGACCCCAGAUCUCGGCGUCUACGCAAGAGACGUCCAGCAAAGCAUCGGCGUCAACAUCAGAAAUUAUAUGAAACCCGAUAGGACCCACUCUCGUAAUGGAUUAUUCGAAAGAGCCGGGCCAGUGCCAUUCACGGUCGUCCAACCGUACCUUUACUUCAUCAUCGAUGCUGAAACAUCAGUGACUUUGAUCGCUGGCCGAGUUAACGAUCCGCUCAAUUCACGGAUACUUUAGAAAACGUUGCGCUGUUUAAAGGAGGACGGAAUUUCAUAGUAGUAAUAAUAAACAUAUGUUUAUUUGACAUACUUAUAAAUAUCGUUAUAAUCUAUAAACAAUUAUAUAUAUAAUAUUUAGACGAGUUUUUCUAAUUCGCACACACCUACCUUUAAGUAUUACGAUGUAUAUCUGUACAAGGAUUCGCAAGUUGUAAAUAAAAGAAAGACGGACAGACAGACAGAGACGAAGGUAAAGGGAUUUUAAUUUAAUUGAUACUAGAUGGGCAAGAAUUUAGCAUUUACAGGCUUCGCUAUACACAAGGGGAGCUUGCUGCUGAAAAUGUCUGCUCUUUUUGUACAGUAGACUUUUGUUAUAUUGCAUCGCGUUGUAUGGUCAUUUUUACGAUUUAUAUUUUUUGUAUGUUAAAUUUUUCACGC